CCCGCGGUGAAAGUCACCGUCACACGUCGGCUAUAAGUGUUUAAAAAAAAAACAAUAAUAAUUAUAAUACACAAUGAGUGAUUCACAGCAGGAACAAGAGUCCGAAAAAGCGUGUGAGCCCCAGUGGCCUGAGAAUGGAGGUGAGUGGAGCGAUGGGGAGGACGUGACCAACAUGGACUGCGGGCUCCUGCAGGCCAUGGCUGAGGAGGACGAGGAGAUAAACGUCCACAAUGAGGAGACGUUUGGAAUGGAUCUUGAUGCACAUGGGACCACAGAAGACCACAGCAGCAGUCUCCUUCAGUUUGGAGAGCCACCGCCACCGCCUCCGCCAUCAACACCACCUCCACUAGACCCCAAACCUCCGUCUCCCCACAGCUCCCCCUCCCCUCCCAGACAGAGGCCACAGUAUCUGCCCCGGGCUCCCCCGGGGCAGCGUAGCAGAGGUAGGGGACAGAGGGGAGGGCUGGGCAGGGGGCAGAUGUUUGAAGACCCAGCAGUGAUGAGGAUAGUGGAGGGGCGUCCAAGCCUCAAGAGUCUUGACAGCGCCAUAGUGGACUGUGGGAACGCCAUGUACCAGAAAAGCUUUGAGGAUGAUUGGAUGUCACCCACUUACAGAAAAACCAGACGAAUCUCAGGAUCACUGCUUCAGGACAGUGCUAUAGUUUGUGUGAUUGAUGGUCACAGAGGCAGAGGUCAGCACCUGACCUCCAACUUCCUGGAUUUGCCAUAUCCUGUCUCUUCCUUCAGGGGCAGGAGAGGGGAACCCAGAGGACCCUACUCCAGGAGACAGUUUAGCCAGAGAGGCCCCUCUCAGAUGCAUGCACCAAUAAUAACAGGAUCGCCCAUCUUCUCACGUCAACCUUUGACUCCGCGGCGGCAUUACAAUCAGACAGGGGGCUUCAUGUUUCCUUCGAACCGCCCUUGCCCCUCCACUCCUCAGUCUCUGACUCCUAAGAUGAUGCAACUUCGCUUUGGUGCCAACUCUCCAAGACCGUCCCCUUUUUAUAGCCCCUCGUCUAAUCCAGUGCAGCAUUUCAGGUACCCCGGUCCUGUCACCCAGCUUCACCCCCAACACAAACGAUUACUUAGUCAAAAACAACGUAUGUUCCAAAGAAAAUCAGAGGGCUGGGAUCCUUACUGUAAUCUCAUGACGGCCAAAGAGAAGGAGUGGAUCACCAGGCUGCAGAUGAUUCAGCUGCAAAGUGAGAAUCCUUACCUCGAGGACUAUUAUUACCAGGAGUACUAUCGACGAAUAGAGGCCAAGAUGGCUGAGGAGGAGCUUGGCAUCAGGAGCAAGAGGGAGCCACCCAAGCUCACCACACCUUACAUCACAAAGACUGACUCCUACACACCAGUGGUGCACAUUGAAGGCUCUUUGGGUCAAGUUGCUGUGUCAACAUGUUACUCUCCUCGCCGAGCCAUCAGUGCUGUUCAUGCAGUCCAAGCUCAGGGUCCACUUGAGGUGACGGAACAAAAAGACAACAGACAACAGCGGUUAGAGGUCUUCAGCAAAAUAGAAAAGUUGUUCAUGGCUCUGUUGGAAGUGGAGGAAACGGAGAGGAUGAAAACCACAGUCUUGUCUGAAGCAGAUGAAAGAAGGCUAAUGGAGAAGACCCAGAGGAAGGUGGAGCACAUCUACUCCCAGCUGCAACACCACGACCCUCUAGAUUCAGGAGGAGAGUUUCUUCCUUUCCUGCUGGUUUCAAAGGGCAAAAAGCUACUCGCCCGUCUGCUCCCAUUCCUGAAACAUGAUUCUGCACUGAAAAUCUUGCGUAUUGUGACCUGCAACCUACCUACGCUGAUGAGCAGAGAUGCAGAAGAGGCUCUUCCAGUGCUCUACCCACCGCUUCGAAAUGUUAUCGGAGGACUGACAUUCAGUCAGCUCAUUGGGGUCCUCAAAGAUCUGACAUCAUCUGAGUCUCUGUCAACAUACGAGUGCCUUACGCUGGCAUGUCAGAACAAGUUUGGACUGUCCUUACUAUAUGCUCUCCUGUCCCAAGGAGAGAAGCUGCUGUCUUCAGGUGUUCCUCUCGAGCCUAGCAUCGGUGACUUUGAGACCUGGACUGACACAAUAUUCCAGGUGGCGGGACAGCUAUCCCAGUGUUCACUGGUGGAGCCGCUCCUCCUGCCUUCAAACCUGCUCACUCUGUUCUGCCGUUACCUGGACAAGCGUACUGUGCAUCAGCUGAAAAGCAACAUGGAGUCUGCGACUGGAUUCCUGGCUCUUCCCUCUUAAGGUGGACAGAAGCUAAUGAGAUGCAGCUAAUGAACAGGUUGUAGUGAGCCACUAGAGUGAAGGGAGCAGCAGCAGCAGGACGGCCCUGACAAAAACUCCUCAGUGUUCAGUAUAACAGAAGCCAUGUAAUGUACUCUUGAACUGUGUUAAAUGCUUAGAUUCUUAUUCCUUUUUCCCUCUCCCUCAUCCCUUCACGUUUUUGCACUCUCAACCUGUUUCCCUUUUUUAUUUCCUUUAUCUGAUAUUUUUACUUUCCUCCCUUUGGUCUCCAGGAGGUUAUGUCAGUGCAAGUUACUCUGAAAUUGUAAAACCCUUUUUUUUGUUUUUUUUCUUUUUCUUCAUUUCUUUUUUUUAACCUUCAAGUGUUGAGAUCAUUUCAUGAGAUUUCCAUGUAAUUUGGCUGUUAACAUUACAUUUACUAGUGGAUGGAGCUGAUUUAUUUAUCUGGCUUGUAUCUAACGACUCUACAUUUAUUUAUUUCCAUAUAUAUAUAUCUAAAAGCCAGUUACAUUUAGGACAAGGAAUCUGAGAUAAAUUAAAUUUGCUGGAUCAGAUAUCUGUAAAACUUAUUUUCAGUUAAACUGAACAAAAACUAAGAGCAAAUUCUGAAGAAAUACUAUACAAUGUAUCUUAGCGGGAUUAUUGGAUCAGUUAUAAUUUAAGAGUAUCUACACCCAUAAAACAUAGUAAUCAUCUCAUUCGAUUUAUUACUUACCUCAGAUAGAAUAAAACAAUACUACUCAUUUUGUCAUUGGUUAAGUAGUAAAUCCUUUGCUGGUUUGAAUAACCAACUUUUGUUUUGGUUUUAGCAUUCUGUGAUACAAGACAGUAUUGGCAUAUUGUGAAACUCCCAAGUUUCCAAAAGUACCAUUUAAAAGCCAGUUACAUUUAGGACAAGAAAUUUCAGAUAAAUGUGCUGGAUAAGAUAAUGGUGACCAGGUUGAGGAUUGUCUAGUAAUUGGUGACUGUACAGCUGAACCUAUAUGUUCAUUAUAAUAACCAUUUAAGGAAGUUGUCAUGGCAUGGGCCAUCAACAUAAGUCAUGCACUUUUGUGUUUUUUGUAAAAAAAAAAAAAAAAAAGCAUGCAUUGUGUA